CCUUUGGCCACCAAGCUUUCCUCAAGAUCCCAAAGGCUUCGUUGCAGUGAGAAUGUAAGCGGCAGCUCCGAGAAUUCGCGCUCUGAAUGUUGCGACAUUUUUAUUGUGCGAGAGAGAUUUGCGCUCUCCACCGACAUGCUGAUCUUGUUACCACUUUUUUUCUCCUUUUCCUUUGCUGUGUAAGGUUCGUUGUUCGGUGUUCUGGAGGUGAAGCGGCUCACACCUCAGAUUCGAAUCUCUUGGCUGCGUCUGUGGAACGCUUGCUUCCAUCGUGGAAAACGGGGUGAGAACUUGUAGCUCAGUUGGAGAAUUGUCUCGUUUACAGAGGGACGAAGGUUGUUGAUAGUACCAUGAAGGUUGCGGUGCGGAUCAACGAUCGAUCCUUCACGGUGGAGGUGGAUUCUGACGAGCUGGUAGAGAAUUUGAAGUCCAUCCUCGAAGUGGAGGCAAAUGUCCCCGCAAUACAACAACAAUUAUGGUUUAAAGGAGAAGAGCUGCCAAAUUCCGUGAGGUUGAGUGCAGCUGGAAUCCUGGAGGAUUCCAUGCUUACCCUUGUCAUGUCUACAUUUUCGAGUGCAGAAGAGCUUUUGGAAGGUUGGCAUGGGUCAAUCCGGGCCAACGGAUCCGCUGCUGAUCCAGUAGAGAUUCUGAGUCAGCUGCGAGGGGAUCCUGUUGCCAUGGCUGAGCUGGAACAAAGCCACCCGACUCUCGCGCGGUCUGUGCUGGAGAACGAUGUUGAAUCGUUGCAGGAAUUCCUACACGAGCUACAGCGACGGAAAUUGAUACGCGGGCAACAAGAGCAUGAGUAUGCGCAAGAGCGGCCCAGCAAGAAGCAACAUCAACAUGCACAGGAGCCUACCGCAUUCUCUCAGUCUGUUGAACUUCACCCAGCUCCGGAGCCGAAUCCCUUCCCUCACCUCGAUCUAUUGUUUGCUGACCCGUUUGAUGUGGACGCUCAAAGGAGAAUCGAGGAGGAUAUCCGCCAGAGAAACGUGAAUGAUAAUUGGGAAGCAGCCAUUGAGUACAAUCCCGAAGCGUUUGGUCGUGUUAUCAUGCUGUUCGUGGAUAUGGAGGUUAAUGGGUGCCCUUUGAAGGCAUUUGUUGACAGCGGCGCACAGAGCACCAUCAUAUCAAUGCACUGUGCGAAGCGCUGUGGGCUGUUGAGGUUGUUAGACCGGCGCUACGUAGGUGUUGCUAAGGGUGUAGGACAAACUGUGAUUGUGGGCCGCGUCCAUGUUGCGGCUAUCAAGAUAGGAAGGAACUACUAUCCAUGUUCUUUCACGGUUCUGGAGCACGCAGAUAUUGAAUUUAUUUUUGGUCUCGACAUGCUGCGGAAACACCAGUGCAGUAUAGACUUAAAAGACAAUGUCCUGCGGAUUGGUGGUGGGGAGAUUGCGGUUCCAUUUUUGCAAGAAAAAGAUUUGCCUCAACACUUGCACGAUGAAGCACAACUGGGAAAAACCCCACCUCCAACGGAGGGUACUACGAACGGCCCUGGGUUGACAAUUCAUCCUCCCGCUGCAUUUCAAGCACCCCUUGUUCAAGGUCGUCAACCAUCAGGUACGGAGGCUAGCCGAGUUGAUAGGAGAACGAGUAGGAGUCCACAGAGAGAGACGGAAUGUGCGAAGGUGCAGAGAUUGCUGGAUCUUGGUUUUGACAGGUCUCAAGUUCUGGAAGCGUUGUCUUUGUUCAAUGGGAACGAAGAUCAUGCUGCUGGUUAUUUAUUUGGAAGUUGACUUAAUGGUAAACCUUCCAAUUUGUAGUUAUCCAACUUAUCACCUGUGAUAACUUUGCAAUCUAUUCAUCACACUGCAGCGUGAUUUCAGUUCUCUUUUUAUAUCUGCAAUCAUCAGGUACGGAUGAUUUAUACUUGUCCUCUGGCUCAGAGAACAAAUAUUGCUUUUGUUGGCUUUCAAUAAAACAACUUCUCUACAUGAA